AUGGAGCGAAUGGAAUGUGCAGAGGGCGAAAAGAAGCGGCCGGACCAAGUCGGCGACGCCAUGGACACGGAGGAUCAGUCCAACUCCAGGCAGUUACAGUGGCGCUUCUCGCAGUUGAAGGGCGCUAUGGAUCAGGCGGUCGCUAGUGAUGGUAAGGGAGGGGUGUUUUGAUUUUGUGGGUGUUAAUGGAUAAGGUAGGGUUUUUUGGGGUGUUAAUGGGUAGGGUAGAGUUUUUCGGAUGGCAAUAUGUAGGGUAGGGUUUUACCUUACAUAUUGCCGUAAUGGGCGCUGUACGGUUCUUCGGGGUGCUUAAGUUGUUUACUAUUACAAAAGACGAAAUUUUUAUUGUUUAAAUUUGAAUUUUUAUGAAAUUUUUACCUAAAGAAUGACUAAUUUCAAUUUUUAGCAGACCAAAUCACGACGGUCCAAUUUAGCGAAGACGGCGAACUACUAACCACGGGCGAUCGAGGCGGCCGAAUAGUCAUCUUUAAAAGAAGCGAAGUGAGAUUUCUUAUGACAUGUUUGAUUUUAAUGUGAUUACAUUGACAUUUUGGGAUUUUAAGUCUGCUCUUACGAUAUUUUUUAAUUUUUUUAAAAAUCUUGCUUUUUGGUUGAUUUUUGUUAUUUUUGGGAAAGGACGGUCAAAUAUACAUUUUUAUAUAAUCUUGACAACUUUUAAAAUUUUUUAUUUUUGACGACAUUGUUGUAGAGCUAUCAGACGAAUGGCCGCCGCUCGUCAGAAUACGCGGUAUAUUCGACGUUUCAAUCCCACGAGCCCGAAUUCGACUACCUGAAGUCACUGGAAAUUGAGGAGAAAAUAAAUCAAAUAAAAUGGAUGAAAAAGAAGAGCAGUUCCGACUUUCUAUUGUCAACUAAUGGUAGGGUAAUAUUAUAAAUUUGUUACCUAAAAUUUAAAUUUUUUUUUGUUUUUUAACCUUCUAAAAUAACUUUGUUGUUUCCAGACAAGACAAUAAAACUGUGGAAGAUAUCGGAGCGGCGGAAACAGUUGGCCGAAGGCAAUUUUAACUUAAGUAAGGAGAAUAACCGGAUAAAACGCGAGGUCGAUGACCUGCUACUACCACAACUUGAGGAUAUGGACCUGGUGGUGGAAGCGACACCACGCCGAGUCUACUCUAACGCCCAUACAUACCAUAUUAACUCGAUCAGUUUAAACGCUGAUCAGGUGAGUGGAUUUGAUUUUUUUUGUGGUUUGAGGGGUGUUUUUCAAUUAUUUUUGAAUUUUCAUGGUUAGAAAAAAAAUUUUUUUGAAAUUUUUAAAUUUCAGGACACAUUUAUAUCAGCGGAUGACCUGAGGAUAAACCUAUGGCAUCACGAAAUCACGAAAGAAUCCUUCACCAUAGUAGAUAUAAAACCCGCCAACAUGGAGGAGCUGGUCGAAGUUAUCACCUCGGCCGAAUUCCACCCCCAAAAUGAUUUUAUGUUUGCGUAUGGUAGCUCGAAAGGUCUGGUACGGCUAUGUGACACUCGCCAGAAGGCUUUAUGUGACGAUGCAGCCAAAAUCUUUGAAGCCAAGGACGAAAUGCAUGGAUUCUUUUCGGAAAUUGUGUCAUCAGUAUCAGACGUCAAGUUCUCGAACACCGGCCGAUAUUUAUUGACCAGGGACUAUUUGAGCGCAUAUGUAAGUUGGACUUGGGUUUUUAUUUUUUUAGUAAAUUUUAGGUAACGAAUUUGAUUUUUUUCAAAUUUUAGGAAACAAUUUUGAAUUUCAAUUAGAUUUUUGCAUUAGAAAUGACAUUUUUGAAUUUUAGGUAACAAUUUAUGAACUUGUCAUUAGAAAUGAGGAUUUUCAUUAUUUGUUUCAAAUUUCUAGGUAUGGGACAUAAAAAUGGACUCAGCGCCGAUCGAAACAUAUAGUAUACACGAUUAUCUACGCAAUAAGUUAUGUACAUUAUACGAAAACGAUGCCAUAUUUGACAAGUUUGAGUCGUGCUGGAGUGGCGAUGAUUCGUAAGUUGAUUUAGAUGUGUUUUAUGGCUUUGAAAAGCGUUUAGUGGGGUUAAAAUGGCAUUUUUUGUUAGUAAAAUGUCAGUAAAUUAAGGUGUUUGUAAGGGAAAAAAUUUGAUUUGUUCGUUGGUAUUUUAAAUCGAUAUUAGCGACAGGACUUUUGUGUUACUUAAAUAGGCAUUUUUAGUCUUUUAGUAUAGGAAUAGGUUGUAAAAUUGGCAUUUUUGAAAAUUAUUAUUUUUUAAAAUUUUUUCUUGUUAUUGCUUUAUUUACCUCUAUCUCUACUUCUGGUCAUACCUCUACCUUUAAUUCUAUCCUUAGAACUAUCCCAAACCUUACUCCUAUCCCUACCCUUACCUAUCAAUUAAAAUUUUAAAAAGAUAACGUUCUCUCCCUUCAGCCGAAUCCUCAGCGGCUCCUACAACAAUUACUUCCGCACGUUUGACCGCCAAACCGGUCAGGACAGUGUGGCCGAGGCCAACUACCAACUGUACCGACAAGAGAAUGGCUCGCUCCAACGCGGCCAACUCUGCUCCCACCCGCGGGCCGAGGCCGAAAUCGAUAAUCUCGACUUCGACGCCAAAAUCAUGCAUUCGGCGUGGCACCCCAAGGAGAACAUUGUGGCAUUGGCCGCGGGAAACUUGCUGUACGUGUUCGACGCGGAUUAA